UUAGUAUUUCCAAUAUGUCAUUCAGUGUAACUUUAUAAGGUUUCUAGGGUCAUUGCCGAUUCUGAUUUUCCCGUUUGAUUCACAUUCAUCAUGGAUAUAGAAGAAUGACACCGGAAGCCUCGCCUCGUCUCCCGGCUCCGCUGCUCCGGCUAACAAGACGCCAAAACUGGACUAAACUGCACCAAACUUGGGAUAAAGCCGUACCGACCUGGCGGCCAGGUGUGUGAAGAUGAGCGAGGAACAUUACCUGGAGAUGUGUGAGAACCCGGUGCAGUUUGAACACGCCUCCAGCGUCAACAAUGUCUUCUUCGACGAGGCUAACAAACAGGUGUUUGCGGUGCGUUCAGGUGGAGCCACGGGUGUGGUGGUCAAAGGCCCAGAUGACAAGAGCAGCGUUGCCUUCAGAAUGGAUGAUAAAGGGGAAGUGAAGUGCAUCAAGUUCUCCAUUGGAAAUAAGAUCUUGGCAGUACAGAGAACCUCCAAAUCUGUGGAUUUCAUCAACUUCAUACCCGACUAUCCGCACACAGAGUUCACCCAGGAAUGCAAGACGAAGAACGCUAAUGUUUUGGGUUUCUGUUGGACCAACUGGAACGAGAUCGUCUUCAUCACUGACCAGGGAAUCGAGUUUUACCAGGUGUUUCCGGACAAGCGCAGUCUGAAGCUGUUGAAGAGUCAGAGUAUUAAUGUGAACUGGUACCAGUACUGCCCGGAGACCGCCGUCAUCCUGCUGUCCACCACCGUGCAGGGAAACAUCCUGCAGCCCUUCGCCUUCAGGAACGGGACCAUGUCGAAGAUGUCCAAGUUUGAGAUCGAGCUGCCGGUCGUCCCCAAACCCGCCAAACUCAGCCUGUCGGAGAGAGACAUUGCCAUGGCAACGAUUUAUGGUCAGCUGUAUGUGAUGUAUCUGAAGCAUCACUCGAGAACAGCAAACAGUCCGAGCGCAGAGGUGGUGCUGUAUCACUUACCAAGGGAGGGUGCAUGUAAAAAGUGUCAUGUGUUGAAGCUGAACACCACAGGGAAGUUUGCUCUGAACAUUGUGGACAACCUGGUUGUGGUCCAUCACCAGAGCUCCCAGACGUCUCUGAUCUUCGACAUCAAGCUGAAGGAGCCGGACUGUGCCGUCAACACACACCAGCCUGUCCUACCUGCCCGGUCAAUACACCCCUACAGGAUACCACUGUCGGGUCCAGCAGUCGUUCCCUCUCAGCCUCCAGUGCCCUGUCAGCUCUACUCUUCCUCCUGGAGCGUCUUUCAACCCGACAUCAUCAUCAGCGCCAGUGAAGGUUACCUGUGGUACCUGCAGGUGAAGCUGCCUCCCACUGUUAACCUGCUGCAGGACAAAGGCAAACUGAUGGACUUCUUGUUACGACGGAGAGACUGCAAGAUGGUCAUCCUGUCCGUCUGCUCGCAGAUUCUGGAGGGCGGGGAGAAGGGAAGUCUUCCCGUCGUGGCGACCGUCUUCGACAAACUCAACCAGGUGUACAAAGAAUACCUGGAGGCAGAGCAGAACUACACUGUGGCGAUGGAGUCGGGCCCGAGUCGAGGCAGCGCGGCUCAGAAACGUCCGGUCCGAACUCAGGCGGUCAUCGACCAGUCGGACAUGUACACACACGUCCUGUCAUCUUUCUCAGAGAGGAAGGGGGUGUCCCAUAAGUUCAUCAUUGCGGUGCUAAUGGAGUACAUCCGCUCUCUGAACCAGUUCCAGAUCACUGUACAGCAUUACCUGUACGAGCUGGUGAUUAAGACGCUGGUGCAACACAACCUGUUCUACAUGCUGCAUCAGUUCCUGCAGUAUCACGUCCUCAGUGACUCCAAACCCCUGGCCUGUUUGCUUCUGUCUCUGGAGAGCACGUACCCUCCUGCCCACCAGCUGUCACUGGACAUGUUGAAGCGUCUGUCCACGGCCAAUGAUGAGAUCGUCGAGGUCCUGUUGUCCAAGCAGCAGGUUCUGGGCGCACUGAGAUUCAUCCGCAGCGUCGGCGGACAUGACAACGUGUCGGCGAGGAAGUUUCUGGACGCAGCGCGGCAAACCGGAGACCAGAUGUUGUUCUACACUGUGUUCAGGUCGUUCCAGCAGAGAAACCAACGGCUGAGAGGGAGCCCCAGCUUUAAUCCUGGAGAGCACUGUGAGGAGCAUGUGGUCCACUUUAAGCAGCUGUUUGGGGAGCAGGCACUGAUGAAACCCUCCACUGUGUGAACACCUGGGAAGGUCACAAACCAACAUGGACUCGUAUGUUUACAUGCACCACUGGUAUCCUGAGCUGACUUUUAAAAGUCUAACAUCAGUACUUUAUAUAUUUGUUAAUGGAUUUUCUGAUAGAGACAGCUGCCUAUGGGAAUCUCAGAAAAAAAAAAAGCUGUCACGUGUUUCAGUUUACGGCCAAUGUUGAAAAAAGUAAUUUUAUAUUCACAAAAGAAAACCUCAUGAUGUGAAGGUGGUUCUGUCCUGUAUAUUUAUGUAAUAAAUAUGAAUUAUUAGGAUUGUUUUUUCCUUUGACAAAUGUCACGUCACCUGUGUGAACAAAUAUAAUUUUACCAUGGCUACAGUGAGACACAAUGUGGGCUGCAAUUUGAGCCUUGUUUUUUUUAGCCUGUACUUUUUACAUAUUGGAAAAUAAAGUGUGCUGAAUUAGCUAUGCACCAAUGGAUGUAUUGGCAAUUUCUGAAGAAGUCUUAAGUCCUGUGCCAUUAGUCUGUUGUACAUUUUCUUGUUAUAGCUUUUCUAAUAAUUAUGACACGGGGUCUCCAAAAUUGGUUUUCUUUUGUGAAUGCAGAGAGCAGUAAUAAUAAUCAGAAAAAAGAACUGUAAAGUUGUAAGUUAUGAGGAAAAAGUCUAUGGUUGCCUGUCAGACUAGUCACUGAUGUGGUCCAGAAUUAAAAAUCUCUAAAUACUCAGACUUUCUCCAGUAAUUUGACAAUUUUAUGCUCAAAAUCUUUUUUCAACCAGUGGCCCUAAUAAUUGUGCUUCCUAACGCUGAUUCUCGGUAUGGUGAAGGGUGUGGGGAGAAAUUAGAUCAGAAACCUGUAGACAGAUCAAUAACGGGGUUACUUUGGUCUGUAUAAACAUGAUCAGAUGACAAAUAACUUGGAUACAUGUGUGCAUGUGAACAUACUCACUGUGAGCAACGCCAGAGGCUGCACCGAUGAAGUUUUAACAGUAUGUUGAGAUGCCUGCAUGAGGACUCUGUACAUAUGAAAUGAAUGAAGUGGAAAAAUUGUUAUUUUGUAUGAUAAAGAAUUAAUUAUGCCUCAAAGUCUGAUC